UUUUAUUUACUUGUUUAUGUUCAGUGUUGAUAGUAAUGACAACUAAAGUUCUAAUUAUUGGCAGUGGUGGUCGUGAACAUACAUUAGCAUGGAAAAUACUGCAGUCCUCUAAUGUGGGAAAAGUAUUUGUAUGUCCAGGAAAUGCUGGUACUUUAAACUUGUCAAAAGCAGAAAACAUUGAGUUGCCAAUCAAUAACCAUAAUGCAAUCUCAAAUUGGUGCAUAGAUAACUUCAUAGAUUUAGUUGUUAUUGGACCUGAAGCUCCUCUGGCAGAUGGCUUGUGCAACAAUUUAAAAUCUAGAAGCAUAUUAUGCUUUGGUCCAACAAAAGAAGCUGCACAAAUAGAAUCUAGUAAAUUGUUUUCCAAAGAAUUUAUGGACAGACACGGCAUACCAACUGCACGUUGGAAACCUUUUACAGAUGCUGACCAAGCAAUUAGAUUUAUAAAAACAUCAGUUUUCAAUGGUGUUGUAGUUAAGGCAAGUGGAUUAGCUGCUGGUAAAGGUGUAAUAGUGGCUUCAUCUACAGAUGAAGCUAUUGAAGCUGUCCAGGAAAUGAUCAAGUUGAAGAAGUUUGGUGAUGCUGGUACUACUGUUGUUAUUGAGGAAAAGUUAGAUGGAGAAGAAAUAUCUGUAUUUGCAUUCAGUGAUGGUACAUCCACAGUGUGUUUUCCUCCUGCUCAAGAUUUCAAGCGAGCAUAUAAUGGUGAUAAAGGCCCAAACACAGGUGGAAUGGGUGCUUACUGCCCAGUUAAACAUAUUUCAUCCGAAGUGCUUUCAUAUAUUAGUACUGAAGUGUUGCAAAAAACAGUUAAAGGUAUGAAAGCAGAUGGUCAACCUUUUGUAGGCUUACUGUAUGCUGGAUUAAUGUUAACGAAAGAUGGACCAAAAGUUUUGGAGUAUAAUUGCCGCUUUGGAGAUCCAGAGACACAAGUUGUGUUACCUUUAUUGAAAAGUGAUCUAUAUAAUACCAUGAGAGCGUGCUGUGAAGGUAAUCUCCAUGCAAUUAGGACAUCCUUUGAAAUAAACAAAGUUGCAGUGGCAGUUGUGUUAGCCAGUGGUGGAUAUCCAGCAUCUUAUGAAAAAGGAAUGGUAAUACAUGGUGUUAGUGAUGCGAAGAGUCUCCCUAAUGUGCAUGUAUUCCAUGCUGGGACAAAGAUUGCUGCUAACGAAACACAAUCGGACGGAGGUAGGGUGAUGUCCAUAGUGGCCGUAGGUGAAAAUAUUCUGGAAGCAAGAAUGAGGUGUUAUGAAGCUGUGGGCAAAGUAUCAUUUAAUGGAAUGUUUUACCGUGACGAUAUUGCUGAAAAAGCAAUGAGGAAUAAAUUUAGUGCAAGUUAUCUUGAUGCUGGUGUUGACAUUAAUGCUGGGUCAGCAUUGGUUGAAUCAAUUAAACCAUUGGCAAAAUCCACAAUAAGGCCUGGUUGCAUGUCAGAGUUGGGUGGUUUUGCUGCUUUGUUCGAUCCAUAUGCAGCAGGUUAUAGAGAUCCUAUACUAGUUUCAGGAACAGAUGGUGUCGGAACUAAGUUAAAGAUUGCACAUGCAUGUUCAGAUCAUUCAACUGUUGGUAUCGAUUUAGUUGCAAUGUGUGUGAAUGACAUAUUAGCACAAGGAGCUGAACCAUUGUUUUUCCUUGAUUACUAUGCAUGUGGUAAACUAGAUGUAACUGUUGCAAAACAAAUGCUUACUGGUGUUGCUGAAGGAUGUAAACGAGCCGGUUGUGCCUUAUUAGGAGGGGAAACAGCGGAAAUGCCAGGCAUGUAUGAUGCCGGAAUUUACGACAUUGCUGGCUUUGCAGUUGGUGCUGCAGAACGUGCACGUAUACUGCCAAUUCUUGAUUCAAUCCACCCAGGCGAUAUUGUUAUUGGGCUAGCAUCAUCCGGUAUCCAUAGUAACGGUUACAGUUUAGUUCGAAAGAUUGUGGAACUUUCCGGUCUCCAUUAUUCAGACCAAUGCCCAUUCUCAGACAAAGGAGUCACAUUAGGCCAAGCUUUAUUAGUCCCAACAAAGAUAUAUGUGAAAUCUGUGCUUCCCCUUAUAAAAAAUGGGAUGGUCAAAGCAUUUGCUCAUAUUACUGGUGGUGGAGUUGUAGAAAACAUACCUCGAGUGUUGCCUGACUCAGUAAGCUGCACACUAGAUGCUAACACUUGGGAGAUUCCACCUGUAUUUCGUUGGUUAUCCUACAUCGGUAACGUUACUUCUGAUGAAAUGUUGAGAACUUUUAAUUGCGGUCUUGGAGCUGUUCUUAUUGUGGAUAGUAACAACGUGGAAAGCGUUCUCGCAACACUACGAGAAGCUGGAGAGAUAGCCCAACAAGUGGGCGUUCUUGAUCAUAUGACACCAAAUAAACCCAGAGUUGAAGUGACAGGGUUUGCAACUUCACUGAAACAGUUAUCCAUGAAAUUUCAUUCUGAGGAGCGCCCUCAAGAACUGCAUAAAACUCUUCGCGUGAACGUUGGAGUAUUGAUUUCUGGUUCUGGGACCAAUCUACAAUCUCUAAUCGACCAUUCACUAAAACCGAACAGCAAGGCGAAGAUUGUUUUAGUUAUAUCUAAUGUAGAGAACGCCUUUGGUUUGGAAAGAGCGCGAAAAGCAGGUAUACCGACGAAGGUCAUCAAUCACAAAAGCUAUAAGAACCGCUUAGAAUUUGAUAUGGAUGUUUUGUCUGCUUUACAACAAGCUGGCGUAGAACUGGUUUGCCUCGCUGGAUUCAUGCGCAUCUUAACUGGUCACUUUGUUAACCAAUGGCCUGGGCGGCUAAUAAAUAUUCAUCCCUCACUGCUCCCAUCAUUUAGGGGUGCUAACGCCCAUGAGCAAGUGAUUGCAUCAGGUGUUCGCAUAACUGGUUGCACUGCACAUUUUGUAGUGGAGGAAGUAGAUGCAGGCGGGAUUAUCGCCCAGGAAAGCGUACCAGUUUUGCCUAACGACACGGUGGAAAGUUUACAAGAGCGCGUAAAAUUAAAAGAAUGGGAAGUGUUCCCAAAAGCUAUGGAAAUGGUAGCUAGGAAAGCCGUCACAGUUGUGGAUGGACAUGUUACCUUCUCCAACAAUUAAAUAGAGAAAAAUAAUUUUAUAAAGAAAAAUAGUAUUUUAUAAACGAAAAACGACAUCUUCAGCAUUUUUGUAAAUCGAAAUAUAUGUUAACAAAAUGUAUUUUUAAUACUUGCAAGCUUCUUCAGUUGAUUUUUCAGUUGUAUUUAUUGUUCUUAAUAUAUUGAAAACACUUUCA